CCUCCCGCCCUCCGCGGCCGCUUUUGGCCGCCAGCCCCACGGCCUCCGGAACCACCGCGCCGGCCGGGCCGCCGCCGCCGCCACCGCCGCCGCCACAAUGUGGGCCGCCCUGCCGCUGCUCUGCGCCGGAGCCUGGCUCCUGGGGCCCCCCGCCUGCGGCGCCGCCGAGCUGGCCGUGAGCUCCUUAGAGAAGUUUCACUUUAAGUCAUGGAUGGUGCAGCACCAAAAGAAAUACAGCUCGGAAGAGUACCACCACAGGCUACAGGCGUUUGUCAGCAACUGGAGGAAGAUCAGUGCCCACAAUGCCGGGAACCACACAUUUAAAAUGGGACUGAACCAGUUUUCAGACAUGAGCUUUGCUGAAAUAAAACACAAGUAUCUUUGGUCAGAGCCUCAGAAUUGUUCAGCCACCAAAAGUAACUACCUUCGGGGUCCUGGACCUUAUCCACCCUCCGUGGACUGGCGGAAAAAAGGAAAUUUUGUCUCACCAGUGAAAAAUCAGGGCAGCUGCGGCAGUUGCUGGACCUUCUCCACCACCGGGGCGCUGGAGUCCGCUGUUGCCAUUGCAACUGGGAAGCUGCCCUCUUUGGCCGAGCAGCAGCUGGUGGACUGCGCCCAACAUUUCAACAAUCACGGCUGCCAAGGGGGUCUCCCCAGCCAGGCCUUCGAGUACAUCCGGUACAACAAGGGCAUCAUGGGUGAAGACACCUACCCCUACAAGGGCCAGGAGGGUGACUGCAAGUUCCAGCCCAGUAAGGCCAUUGCUUUUGUCAAGGAUGUAGCCAACAUCACAAUGAACGACGAGAAGGGGAUGGUGGAGGCGGUGGCCCUGUACAACCCCGUGAGCUUUGCCUUCGAGGUGACUAAUGACUUUAUGAUGUACAGAAAGGGCAUCUACUCCAGUACUUCCUGUCAUAAAACUCCAGAUAAAGUCAACCAUGCAGUCCUGGCUGUUGGGUACGGAGAAGAAAAUGGUAUACCCUAUUGGAUCGUGAAGAACUCUUGGGGUCCCCAGUGGGGAAUGAAAGGGUACUUCUACAUCGAGCGUGGGAAGAACAUGUGUGGCCUGGCGGCCUGCGCCUCCUACCCCAUUCCCCUGGUGUGAGCCUGGGCAGCGGCAGCGACUGGUUGGCAGAGGAUGGGAGGACCAGGCAGCCGGGGCUCCAAAACCCUGCCCUGGAGGAAGUAAGUGGUGGGAGACCACCUCCUCCGCCCCCACCGGGGCCCCUCACUUUGCACCCUCACCCGUGCCGAACCUGAAACCUAAAGAAAAUGAAGAAUUCCACAGAGCAACAAGCCCGCCCACGUCUUCUGAUGCAGAGGUCACCACCGGCCUUGUGCCUUAGGCUUGUUUUUUAACUGACUCAGCCUUAUGUUGACCAAGAGUAUUCUUUCUUCCAAGAAGGGCUGCUUUUCCUGUUUGGAGGAAGCUCCACUGAUGGUCUUUUCUGUGGUCUUCAUUCAAUAAACCUUCAGUGCGCA